GGUAGAUAGCAUAAUGGUUAUGCAAAGAGACUUUCAUGCUUGAGACUCCAAAGUCUUGGGUUUAAGCCCCUGUGCCACCAUAAGCCAGAGCUUAGCAGUACUCUGGUAAAAAAAAAAGUAAAUAAAUAAAAUUAUAUAUAUGGGGGAUGGAGAGCACCUGCUGGGAGUGGUAGAAUUAUGUAGGCAUGAAGGCCCAGCAAAAACUCUGGAGUUAAACAAAUAAAUUAAUAGAUAAUAAAUACAUUACUAUUUAAAAAAUCAAAAGUCCUUUGAGCUCACAGAGUAGACACCAUGAGCAAGGGUCAUCCUCCCAAACUGAAAAAAUUUAUGGGCAAGAAGUUGUGGUUGAAAUUAAAUGGUGUUAGACAUGUCCAAGGAAUACUGUGGGCAUUUGACCCAUUUAUGAAUCUUGUGAUAGAUGAAUGUGUGGAGAUGGCAACUAGUGGGCAACAGAACAAGACUGGAAUGAUGGUAAUAUGUGGAAAUAGUAUCAUCGUGUUAGAAGCCUUGGAACAAGUAUAAAUGCAAUGACUGCUCAACAGGAAGACUGCUCAA